AUGGGACUCUUCUGUGGCUUCCAGACCCUUCAUCUUCCAAUGGUGUACAUGUGCUCACAAGGGAACACCACUCAAAUUCCCAUCAGCCAAGUGAAUAUGACCUGCAAUGAUUUACAUCACAGGGAGAAAUCCAAACUGAACAUUGGCAUUGUUACGAUUAUGGCAAUAUCCAUUGUUCUCUGCAUAGUGUCAAUUAUUCACUUGUUCCUCACAAGGAAAGACUUUCUAAAACAAUUGCUUGGAGACCAAGAAAGUGGCAAUCCUGAAGCAAUUCCUUUAGAUUCAAGUGCGGUGAUUGUAAAGGUUUUAUACUUGGUAGACGAUUUUGCUGCUAUAAGUGCCCUGACUUCCUUCUUUGCUUUAAAUGCCAAUCAAGACUCCAAAAACAGCGGCAAGGAUGGCCUAAAAUCUUANAAGGGCGACAAGCAUCAUCCUAAUCCAAAGCGACUUCUGGUUUAUGGCCGGCCAGGCAUUGGGAAAAGCACAUUUUCUCAAAAAACUGCUUUCGACUGGUCGAAUCAGAGGAAAGGAAUCCUAAUGAAGUUUGAUGUUGUGCUGCUAAUUAAGUUGCGAGAUGUGUGUGAUUUGAAAGAUGUCAGUGAUGUUCUAAGGGCUUCUAAACUGCUGGCUGGUGAUGGAGCAGUUUCAUUCAAUGAUGUCUAUGAAUACAUACUUCAUAAUCAAGAAAAGGUGUUACUCAUUUUGGAUGGCUAUGAUGAGUACUUCUGUUCUGGAGAACAAUCACCUGUCCGUGACAUUUGGGAGAGCACGCUACUGUUGGAUGUCCACGUCAUUAUCACAACCCGGCAAGAGAAAACUGACGAGUUAAUAUUGCCCAGCCACGUUCAAUUUGAAUUAAAUGGUUUCAAAAGUGACGAUCAAGUCAGAGCGUUCGCAAGCAAGGUCCUGGGAGGUAAAGAAAAAGUUGAAGAGUUUGUAACUUACUUAGUCGAAAGAGAUUUGAAAGACUUGGCUGAAAUCCCACUUCUUUUGUUGAUGCUCUGUAUAGUCUGGGAGGAAAACCACUUUAAGGAACUGCCAAAAUCACGGGCUGACAUUUACCAAUACUUUAUUGAAACUUUGAUCCUCCACACUAUCGCAAAAGAUGCAAAAGCAAAGCAAGAGGAAAAUAUAGACGCCCACAAUGUAGAGCUUUGUGCAUUAGGCAAGCUUGCCUUUGACGCACUUUUGCAAAAUGUUCUUUCUUUUCCUAUUGACAAACUGCCCGACAGCAUUUUGAGUGAGAAAUUAAGUAAAGUCGGGUUGUUUCAUGUCCUCAAUGCUGGAACAUUUUUGAAACGCGAGAGACAUGUUCACUUUAUUCAUAAAUCAGUACAGGAGUUCCUGGCUGCAUUUUAUCUCAAGGACGAGUUGUUAAAAGAAACAAGUACAAACUGUCUGUCCCAGGUUGAAUCAUUGGAAAAGAUUGUCAAGAUGAUUGAAGUUCUUAGAUUCGCCUGUGAGCUGUCAGCAGAUGCGGCCUGCGCUGUUCUAAGUCAUCUGGGGAUCGUAGGAAAGAAGGAAGGCCUGGCAGAGUACAACUUCACUGAGACACCUUGUAUUGCAGACUUUUCUGACAAUCAACAACAGUUUCUAACCCUUAUCUCACAUAGCUUUCUCUCAUGCGCAUCCGACAAGAGGCGAGAUCUCUAUCCUAUAUUUUUGGCUUACGUUGGUGGUGUUUUAUUAAUCAAUACUGACCAGCUGCAUAGCGUUGCCAAUGAGCACAUGUUGAGGUCUGCUGUGGCCCCAGAGUUUAUCUUCUUCUCUGGCGGCCGACAUACAGAGCAAAGCUAUCGAGACCUAAUCAGUCUACUAGAAGACCUCAGUGUAGUUAUUGUCAGCUGUUCGGGCGAAAAGAAAGCUUCGGAUUUUCUAAAGAAGUAUUCAUUAGAAAUGGUUGGUGAUAUUUUUCUGAAGAAAGAAGAAGGGAAGACAUACCUUUAUAUUGCUCGAAUUGUCAAUCGUUUCCACAUUUCGCGCUGAAAUGCUUAGGGAGCUCAUGUCAUCGCCAGAAUCUACCCAGAGGAAGAAGCCAGUUGAUGACCAGUCAAAUGAACAAGACGACAAUAGCGCUUUGUGUUUGACUGAGAACAGCACUGCUGAUACUCAGGCCACUCAACAUUGUCUCUCCUGUGUCUGGAAUAUUAAAUUCGGUGUUGAAGAAAGGAAAGAGGUGGAGACGGUCAUUGACGUAUUAUCUUUUAUGACAUCUCCACGAGUUAUCGGCAUUAUUGGUUUUGGACGUGCUUCUGAUCCUGUGUUGGUGGACACCCUGGUCUCACGUAUUAACUUUACAAACGGACUUGAUAUGUUAGUACUUAGCAGUAUCGAUUUGACAGCCAAGCCUGCUGCUGUCAUCGCAACAUCUCUGUACCAGGCUCCUAACUUGUCUUAUCUCGACUUGUCAUGGAACCCUCUUGGUGAAGGAGUAAGUGAUCUCACGCGACAUCUCAGCUCUGCUACUCAUCUGAAGACGCUGCACCUUGAUUAUGUUAAGAUGACAAAGAAGCAAGUGAGUGAUUUGAGUGAUGCUGUACGUCAGACCAAGAUCAGGGAGUUGCGGUCAGAUUACCAUGACGAGAAAGGGAACCCCAAACCUGAACAUGAAUGGCCAUUUGAGGACGUCUGGAGGGAGCUGUACCGGCUGGAUCCUGGGACAUUUGCAGAAUCAGAGGACGAGCGGAAGCCUGGAUCAUCGGAUUAAGUCAGUUCCGAUCAGCAGCUGUAGCAACAAACAGGCGAGAGACUGGAUCAGAGACUGAACAAAAGGACGAGCGGCAGACUGGAACAGUCACAUGGUCAGCAUAGGUAGUAGUUCAUUACAAAUGACUAGGAGAGAGUUGUCAGAAGUUUACACACCUAUACCUUACGGUGGCAUGGGUACUUUUAUGUCAGCCGUGUCUUGAGCACAGUGGUCAAGUGUAGAAGUGCAAAGUCUCUCAAUCUGUUUUGAAAUCCUUUACUUUGAAGCCAAACCUACUGAACACUAAAACUUUGAACGCCAAAUAUGGACACAGAAUUUUAUAAUUGUUGUUUACCAGUUUUGUCGCCUCAUAUUUUUGCUCAGCGCUGUAUUUUAUGUGAGAUUUUCAUGUGAAAAUUUCAGGGCAAUGAAAACCAGAAGUGGCUUUGAGUUUUUUCGUUCGACCGCGGUGUCCAAGGCAUGUAGGACUGGGAUUAAGUAAUAUAAUCUAACACAGGAAAACCACGAUGAAGCGAAACAGUGUAAGCACAGGGAGAUGUCACAUCAAAAUAGAGAUUAAAAAAAUGGUAAUCUUGCAGACAUUA